GGGGGGGGGGAUUGAACUUAGUAGAUCAGGCGCGCCACGUACCGGACCUGUGUUAUCUCUGAUCCGCACGUCGUUUGUACCUACCCAGAGACUGUUUGUGGUACCCCGGUAUGUGUGCAUGCUGUGUAUGACUGUGUGCGUGUGUGCAUGUACGUGUGCUAUCUAAGGUGAAACUAAAAGAAUCUAGUAUAACGAGGGUCAGUGGCUUGUACUUUCAACGAAACAAAUUCAUUAUUCUGUUCCGGUUUUAUAACAAAAAUUAAAAAGGUAGUUGAGUGUAUAUGUAGCGAGAGGAAGCUGAUGAUGUCAUACAAUCCACCGAAUUUCUCUUCAAAAAGAAAUACUAAAAGGAAAAACAAGACACUGCAAAACAAUCAUGAACUUAGACUGUCGAAAAUACAUUGGUUGAAGAACAAGACGAAGAAAAAAAAGGAAGCAUAUACAUAUACAUAUGUAUCUUUACGUUGAUAUUUAGUCAAGCAAGUAGUAGAUCAAACAGGAAAACGGUGUGUAAUGUGAUGUUCCGUUCCGUUUAGAACAGCGCGACCGUGUAAUCGCGUGUAUGGUCAAUCUCUCAUAUGUAGAUAGCGCUGAUUGUGUUUCAUGUUCCCUUUGAAACCGUUUUAUGCAUUUCACCUAGAAGGUAACGACAAGCGCGGGCUACUACGAUGUUAUGCUGUAUAGUUGCCGCCCCUCUUUUCCAUUCCACAAUCUCAAUUGAAACAUUCUCGAACAUAUUCGGAUCUGCUUGGCCUCCUCGCUGUUAGGUUCUCGUUCUCCUCCUCCCUUUCCAUUCCUUACUCCGCACCCUUAUCCGUAGACCCAUGAGAUCUAGUAUUUCUGUGCGCCAUUGGUGUACUGUGUAUGGUUUGUAUCAGAUCAGUAUUUCACGCCCAACCCGCAGCAUAUGUUGAAGCAAGUAAAAUAACAAGAAAAACAAAAUACAAAAGAAAAGGAGUAAAACACAUGAUGAGUAGAGAGUACAGUACGUUGAUGCCUAUUAGUAGAGAAAUUAUGCUUGCAUCAUUUAUGUACCAUUCCUAUAAUAGAAUCGGACAACGCAAACGCGGUGGUAACUAGAGAGCACACGUUGUUGAGAAAAGGAAAGAAGGAUCGAUCAAUGAAGGACAAAUAGCGGCAUAAAAACCGGAGCAGGAACAAACAUGAAGCAAGUGCAAGACAGUAGGAGAAGCAGCAGCAGCAUCUGUAACUUACCACACUCAAAUUUUUGGCAACAGAAAUGUUAUUGAAAUGUUAUCAUUCGGUCAAAUGUUGAAAUGUUAGAAUUAAAAAUAAACGAACUCGUGGAGAAAAACAAAAAACAAACCAACAACCACCCGUGUCUAGGCGGUCAACUUUGUAGUAUUCCGCUUUUUGUUCGCCUUUCGGUCUCUACACGGAGAAUUUAUUAUUUCCAAUGAUCCCUGACACGCUCUUAUUAUGCAACAACGCCAGCGAAGGUCCCGACAACAAAAAAAAGAGUUUUUCGUCUCCCGAUUGUCCGUGUCUUUCUAAUGAUGUAGCGUAGCGAAUGCGGUGGACAUGACAUACCGCAACAAUUAAAAUGUUGUUUCCGAUCUGCCCGCGGCACUCUACCGCACUACCGCCUCGUGUUGGGGGCUGAAAAAAACCCGAGGCCAGUUUAACGGUAAGAAUUAUUGAAAAAAAAACCCCUGGCCCGGAAAGUCCAGACGGUGUUAAGAAGCUAUUGAUAGUGCUUAUCGCAAAACAUGCUCCGUAUUUGGUUCGAUUAUUCCGGGUCGGCCUCACUUCUUUCCUUGCUGCGCGCCUCAUCGACCGCACUAGAACAUUAUGGCUCAGGUUCUUUUGAGCCAGGUCUUAAUCUCGUCUAGUGGCUCUACGUGUGCAGAUAGUGUGUGAGGGCCAGGAUGGACAUUUGGUACACAGUGACACUAUGGAUGUGCGGAUUCUGCAGUUUGUGUGCAUUGCUGUACAUAUGCACUGUACGGGCACAAUUGAGGAGCUGGAAGGGAAAAGGUAAAACUUCGCAGCAGCAUAGGCAAAUAACGAUCCAAAAGCCAAACCCAACGGCAGGUAGUUUCCCAGUCUUGGUUUACGUUAUUCAGCCAGAUGUCAAGCCCACGCCUUGCUUUGUGAAUUUAAAUUAUGAUGAUUUACUCAAAAAUAAAAAGGAUCGCAAAGCCGAAUUAUUGCGCAUCGAACCGAUCGUGCAUGGCAGCACGGUGAACUUGGUGUCCAACGUGAUUUGAUAGUGAUAUUACUGUCGUCAUCUUAUUUAACGAAUCAUCUGUAAAAUAAUUUCACCGUCGCGUUCAUCAAUAAAAU